AUGGCCGGCUAUCGACCUCCUACCCCGUCUCCGAGCUUUAUCGAUAUGGAUGCCUCGGAAGUACUUCGUACGAUUGCGACGCUCAACACACGGAGUUCGCUAGCGCAGACCAGCAACGAGCUCGACGAGACUGUCAAAGUGGCCGAACUUCUCUACGAUGUCAAUCGAAGGCUUGGGACCGUCACGGACUACCUCCUUAGAUAG